UUCCUGUAUACAUAACAUUGUGUAAGAUAAGCAGAUAAAUAUGUGAUUUAUAAAUCAAACCAGAGGUUGUUUGAAAUGUGGAAAUUGUUUGAGCGUAGUUUUUUUAUGAAAUAAAUAACCUGAUAUUUAGAAAAAAGUAAUAUAAGGGCAAAUGUGCACGUUAUCAGGAAUAGCGGAGUCGACGUACAGAAUGUGUUACAGGGGUGAGGUACCCUCAGAGCCCUAUAUCAUACAAACAGGACAGCAAGGGCGAAGAGUGGAAUCUAGAGUGCAAAACAGGCAAAGAGAAAAUGAAUUAGUUAGAGUGAAAAGAGUAAGCCAGACUGUUCCGCGACCCCCAGAAGCACCUUUGCCCGUCAAACCACGUCCUGUUUCAGCGACCAAACCAUGCAAGGUGAUAGAUACAAAAUUUGGACCAAUGGAUAUGCAAACAAUAGAAACACUUCACAAAAAGUAUAGAUACACCUCGAUUGCGCAGAAGUCUGGUGCCGAAUGUGAUAGACACCUUCCAAAGCCCGAUCCCCCAACCUCCCUGGAACCAAAGGCCGACAUGGUCAGACUGCAAGCAAAGAGAUACGAACCUAGGUCUGAGGAAUGGCAAGAUGCCGUGUUGUGGGACAGACUUCAGUCAAGACUUCCAACAAACCGACCCAAGAGUCCACAAAGGGAAAGAAUAUUGAGCAUACGACAACUACCAAAUUGUUUGGACGAAGGGCGACAAAACCGGAUAAUGAAUCUUGUGAAAACUGACGGGCUGGCUAACGUAUUUGUAAGGAAAUGCCCCGGAUAUGCUGGUUACAAUCCCCUAUGUCCACCAGAAACAGAGUUAAACGAUAAGAAAAAUACCCUGGGAUCUUCAACCACCGCCAUGUCAGUGUAUUACAGACAAUUUCCUGACACUGUGUAUCAGAAUCCGAAGUUCGCAAGACGAGGCGUCUUUUCAAAGACGAUUACCCUUACUUACCCAUAUAACCCGUUCAACAAGAUCGGCCUGGAGAUCAGCCCAGGGAAAAAAGGCCUUUAUUCAUCAGAUGAGCCUUUCUUGGGACUAGUUGGUUUAAAUUUGAAAGUUUGAACAAAUAAAUUAUAUAUUUUA